AUUUUAUCCCCACAUCCGCUUAGUCGAUCCUUCCAGGUUCUUCCUUCCGCUGCUUCUUAUCCAAACCUUGUCUUUCUCUCUCUUCCUUCCUCCGCUAAUGUUCAUCGCCACCACCAUCCGGUCCAGCGCCUCUAUCUCCGCCAUGAUCGACAUAAGCCUCUACCACAGCCUCCAUCUCUGCGGGGUUCGGUUUUGGAAUUAUCGACAGCUGUUGUAAAUCGGAACUCGAAGACCUGAAAAAAAAUGGAGUUGUACGGACGGAGCAGGGGGAAAAACGGGUGACAGACGGAUCAUACCCAACAACCUGAAUGGAUACAGUCGGGGACGGAGACGGGACUCGAAGGGCUUUUCAAGAGGCGCCGUAUGCCGUCGACUCCCAUGUGAAGCCUUCGAUCGGUGACCUUCGCUCCCCCCAGUUACAGUUUAAGGAUAUACCAUACACCUAGCGCCCCUGCCUUCUCCUUCUCUAAGGACUAACAAUUCCUUCUGCAACUACCACAAGUACAACACCGACAUUUGAUUUCAGGUUCGUUUUACUUCACUUUUCUAAACAAAUGAAGGUUUGAUUUUUUAUAUGUGUGUUUAUGUUGGUAUAUAUGUGUGUAUUUUGGUAUAUAUUCACAAUAGAAUCGAUUACUUUUCCUAUUCUUCAUACCACCUUGCUGUUUCCACUUUCCAUGUGCAUGUAUAGCUUUGUGUCCAUGCCCACUAUGUGUUUGUAGAAAUGCCCAGCUUAACCAAACGCAAAAUAUCAUCUUCGGGUUGCAAGUUUUAUUUUCAAUAGUUGAAUAAUGGUAUUCAACUGUUGUGUAAGUGUGAAAAAAAAAUCAAGUGAAAGUGUGAAACAUGGAGCUGUUUGGGUUUGUUUCAUUUGGCUCUUCACAAAGAAGAAGAAGAAUCAGUGUUCUUUUUGUUUAUGACGUUUCAUCUUGGUAGAAAUCGGUAUGGGUUUGAUGUUCUCAUCGUGAACUGGUGGUAUGCAAAUUACUGUAUGUUUAAUAUGUAUAUGUUGUUAGCACUCUAAUAUGCUCUUGAAAGUAAAAUGACUUGCCUGAUAUCCAGCAAGAUUUGUUUGGGUAGUUAGUAUGGCACAAACAAGACAUUCAUUUCAGAAUAAGAAUUGGUUCAUUAGUUCAAGAUGCAAAUAUGUUUGCUCCCUAUGCAGAUAUGUUGAACCAUUCUUGCAACCCAAAUUUCUUUUUCCAUUGGAGAUUCAGAGACUGAAUGUUUGAGGUGAUGACAAAUGCUUGACAAAGGAUUAAAAAAGGGGAAGAGAUGACAGUGAAUUACAUGAGUGGCCAGAGGAACACAGCACUUAUGCAAAGAUAUGGCCUUUCUUUACCCGAUAAUCCUUGGGAUGUGCUUCCAUUCUCUGGAAAUGCAAAUAUCCAUUUACAUUUGCAUAAUUGGAUAAGAUUUUUCAAAGUUUAGGAAAUAGCAGCAGCUCAGUUGACAUGAACCUGUUUCCUUUUGUUAUUUGAAGGUGCAGGAGGAAAGUACAAAAAUGCAUCUUUUACACAAAGCAGAUAAUCUGGUGGACUUGAGCGGUGUUGGUCUAAACCAAACUCGGCCGCCUCAUCUGGACCUGCGAUUAGGGCUUGAUGAAGAUCAUCGCUCCUACCGGACUCUCUACAUGGUAAGGAAUUCGAUCUUUUGCUUUUCUUGGUUUGUUGCAUGUUUGAUAGUUGAUAAGUGUUGUUACCUGCUCCUACCAUCCACUGCUGCCAAUCAGCGUUACACGUGUUUUGAAUCUACUUCCUCCACCGCUUUUGUUAGCCAAGAUGUUCUCCAUUUCUCCUCACGAUGA